GACGCAACGACGCCAUAGCUACCAAGCUUUUAAGUGCUAUUGAGGUACAAUGUCCGACACUUUGACAGAAGAACAGAUUAAUGAAUUCAGAGAAACAUUCCAAAUGUUUGACAAAGACAAUGAUGGUUCCAUCACUGCUCAAGAACUUGGAACGGUCAUAAGAUCAUUUGGGAUGAAUCCUACUGAAGCUGAGCUUAUGGAUAUGGUGAAUGAGGUUGACACAAAUGGAAACGGUACCAUCGAUUUUGAGGAGUUUCUCGUUUUGACGCAAAACCUCAAAUCAGAUCAAGCAGAUUACAUCCGGGAUGCUUUUGAUGCUUUCGACGCUGACAAGAGUGGAACUAUAUCUCGCGAAGAGCUAAAGAAUGUUAUGAACUCUCUCAACGAGCAUCUCACCGAAGAUGAGAUCGACGAAAUGAUUAGGGAAGCUGACAAAGAUGGAGAUGGUAAGAUCGACUUGGAAGAGUUCCGUGCGAUGAUGGAAUCGCAAUCUUAAGGCUCCAGAACAGGAGUGAGGUCCAUCUUAGUUUCUUCACCGCCAUGUAAACUGUCAACAUCAAAAUUCAUCAACCCUGUACACCGACUGUUUGAGAGUUGUACCUUUUGUAUUUGUAAAUGGUGAAGGACACAUUAGCAAACAGUAAUAACUCGUAGCUUGUAUCAAUGUCUUCUUAUUAUUGGAUUCAUUUUCUUUUGAUAAACCUUCAAAAUUCUUUGAGCAUU